ACUCACACCACACACUCCCUUUUACUACUUCACCACUACCGAUCUGCUCCUUCACCAUUUUUGUUCUUUAAACUCGUCCAUCCUCUACUUAAAACAUGGCUGGGACUGGAGUUUUUGCCGAGAUUUUUGAUGGAGAAGUGUAUAAAUAUUAUUCUGAUGGAGAAUGGAACUACUCAGCUUCUAAAAAAACUGUUGCCAUUAUCAAUCCUACCACCAGAAAAACUCACUACAAGGUUCAAGCUUGCUCUCAAGAAGAGGUAAACAAGGUGAUGGAAUUAGCAAAAAGUGCACAAAAAAGUUGGGCGAGAACUCCUCUUUGGAAAAGAGCAGAGCUGCUUCACAAGGCAGCAGCUAUUCUGAAGGAGCAUAAGGCUCCAAUUGCUGAGUGCCUUGUCAAAGAAAUUGCUAAACCAGCUAAAGAUGCAGUCUCUGAGGUUGUGAGAUCGGGAGAUCUAAUUUCCUACACAGCUGAAGAGGGAGUGAGGAUUCUUGGAGAAGGCAAAUUCUUGGUUUCUGAUAGUUUUCCUGGAAAUGACAGAACAAAGUAUUGUCUCACUUCUAAGGUACCCCUUGGAGUGGUGUUAGCCAUUCCACCCUUUAACUAUCCAGUCAAUCUUGCUGUUUCAAAAAUUGGUCCUGCAUUGAUUGCUGGAAACUCCAUUGUCCUCAAGCCUCCAACUCAGGGUGCUGUAUCUUGCCUGCAUAUGGUACACUGCUUUCACUUGGCUGGUUUCCCCAAAGGAUUAAUCAGCUGUGUGACUGGUAAAGGCUCUGAGAUCGGUGACUUCCUUACUAUGCAUCCUGGUGUUAACUGUAUUAGUUUCACCGGUGGAGACACAGGCAUCUCAAUAUCAAAAAAAGCUGGCAUGAUCCCACUUCAAAUGGAGCUCGGAGGGAAAGACGCCUGCAUCGUCCUGGACGAUGCAGAUCUCGACUUGGUAGCAUCAAACAUUAUAAAAGGAGGAUUUUCAUACAGUGGACAAAGAUGCACUGCAGUCAAAGUUGUUUUAGUAAUCGACUCAGUUGCUGAUGCUCUAGUAGAGAAAGUCAAUAGUAAAGUCGCAAAAUUAAGAGUCGGACCGCCGGAAGACGACUGCGAUAUUACUCCGGUAGUUACGGAAUCAUCUGCCAAUUUCAUUGAAGGGCUUGUUAAAGAUGCUAAAGAGAAAGGAGCUACAUUUUGUCAAGAGUAUAAGAGAGAAGGCAAUCUUAUUUGGCCUUUGUUGUUGGAUAAUGUUAGACCGGAUAUGAGGAUUGCUUGGGAAGAACCGUUCGGUCCGGUUCUUCCGGUUAUCAGAAUCAAUUCUGUUGAAGAAGGAAUUCACCAUUGCAAUGCUAGCAAUUUUGGACUUCAGGGCUGUGUAUUCACAAGAGACAUCAACAAAGCUAUAAUGAUUAGUGAUGCAAUGGAAACCGGCACAGUUCAGAUCAACUCUGCACCGGCUCGCGGGCCGGAUCAUUUUCCUUUCCAGGGUUUGAAAGAUAGUGGGAUUGGAUCACAAGGCAUUACCAACAGCAUUAACAUGAUGGUUAAGGUGAAGAGCACUGUUAUUAACUUACCAAGCCCUUCUUACACCAUGGGUUAGUACUUAGUACUUAGUAUUAUCCAUUUAUUAGACACUCAAUAAUCACAAGUGUUAUUUGUAGCUAAUUAGUAUGCUUUUCGGACCAAAUUUGUCUUCAGACUUGUACUUGUGUGCUGUUUUCAUUAAAUAUCAAAUAGCUAAGAGUACAUUUGUGAACUAAUGGUCUUAUAUACAUCAAGUGUGGGACAUCUUACCUGGCUGGAA